AUGGCAUCGUUCCAUCUGCGGGGUUUCCAAUCCGCCCUCCGAGGCCAGACUCGCCUGCUACGUAACCAGCAGCGUCGCUGGGCGCAGGUCCACGAUGUGCGCUUCCUGGCCUCGCACCACGACCCCAAGUAUGUGCUGGACAAAUAUCGGUCGAAGCUCGACGAGAAGGCGAAAAAAGAGGGCCAUGAGUCUGUUGAAUCCCUGAAGGAAGCAUACACCGAGAAGAUCGAAGACUUGCGCCGCAAAGCUUCCACCGUCGCGACGCCAGAGCCAAAGGCUCCUUCAUCCAAAGCCCCGGGGACCGCCUCUCCAUCCCAAGCUCCUCCCCCUCCAGAUGCAGACCCGACCGUCAAAGCCGCACGCCAAGUAUCAGGCAGCUCCACCCCCAUCAAACCGCUGAGUACAUACCUAGACGUCGAGAAGGUCCGCGAGCUUCCAGCCAAAGAAAUCGAAGCGCUCUGGCGCCUUCGUUUCGCCAACGACGGCACCUCCGUCACCGCCGCGAUCCCUCUAGAUACCUACAAGCGCAUUGCUAAUACCGCGCGCCACCACCCGCAAUUUGUCCUCCCCCUCCCACGCCAGCAGACCGACGACGUGGGCCCCGAGGCCGUGGACGCCGACGGAAACCCGCUUAAUUCAGGCGCGGACAUUCACUUCCUGCAGUGGGCGUUCCACCCGCCAGCUGAGGAGUCUGCUAAGCCCAAGGGCGAGACUGCCAACACCCACACCUCGACUGUGAUCUUCACUCACCUCGGUGCGUUCAAGAUGCACGGCUCUUAUGCGCAGCCGCACACUACUGUUACGCAUCACCUUGACUUGGCCGAUGACAAGGGUCUGGUUCUUAUGCAUGGACAGGUUGUGCCGGACCGCGGUGUCUCAACCACCGAGGCUACGUGGUUGGUUAGCUGUGUGCAGCGAUUCUACGACUUCGAGGGCCAGGCCAGCGGCCGCAAGAGCGAGCUGGUGAAGAUGUUCACUCGGGGCGAUGUGCAGAACUUCAAGGUUGAGGAGCUGCUCGAGGAGUCUGAGCGCAUCAACUAG